UCAUUUCACAAUACAUUACAAGCAGAAGCACAAAUAAUAACUUAAAAGCAAUUACAAGAAGAAAAGAAAAACCCAAGAAACUUUUUUGAUUCAACUCCUCAUCUCUCGACCCUUUACACCAGUUUUCAUCUAGUCCCAUUAAUCAAAAUCACAAAUUUCCUUUCUGAAAUUUUACGUUUUGUUUUUGUUUACCCUCCCAUGGGCCUAAUUUUACCUACUAUUGAAGAACCAUGACAAAGUCCAAAAAUUUCUUUCUCAAUUUGUUCAAACCUUUCAACUUCAAUUCAAAAAGAGAGGGCCAAACAGAAGAAGAUUUAGACAAGAUUGCUGCACAAGAACAGAAGCAUUUUACAUUUGAUACUUUAGCAUCUGCUACUAAAGAUUUUCACCCAACUCACAAGCUUGGUGAAGGAGGAUUUGGACCUGUAUAUAGGGGGAAGUUGAAUGAUGGAAGAGACAUUGCUGUAAAGAAGUUGUCCCAUAGCUCAAAUCAAGGGAAGAAAGAGUUCAUGAAUGAGGCUAAGCUUUUGGCGCGUGUCCAGCACAGGAAUGUUGUGAAUUUGUUAGGAUAUUGUACGCACGGAAUGGAAAAGCUAUUGGUUUACGAAUAUGUUUCUAAUGAGAGCCUUGACAAGCUUCUCUUCAAGUCCAAUAAAAGAGAGCAGCUGGAUUGGAAGCGGAGAUAUGAUAUAAUAACUGGCAUCGCGCGGGGAUUGCUUUACCUUCAUGAGGACUCGCACAAUUGCAUCAUCCACCGGGACAUCAAGGCCAGCAAUAUUUUACUCGAUGAUAAGUGGGUUCCUAAGAUUGCAGAUUUUGGUAUGGCCCGUCUCUUCCCUGAAGAUCAAACACAUGUCAACACUCGCGUUGCUGGUACAAAUGGGUAUAUGGCUCCAGAGUAUGUCAUGCAUGGGCAUUUAUCGGUGAAGGCAGAUGUAUUUAGCUUUGGGGUUUUAGUGUUGGAGCUUAUAACCGGCCAGAGGAAUUCAACAUUUAAUCAAUCACUUGAGGCUCAAAAUCUUCUUGAGUGGGCAUAUAAGCUUCACAAAAAGGAUAGAAGUUUGGAGAUUAUGGAUUCAACAUUAGCAUCAUCUGCAGCCAUCGACCAAGUAAAAAUGUGCAUUCAUAUAGGGUUGCUAUGCACACAGGGUGAUCCACAGUUGCGGCCAAAUAUGCGACGGGUAGUCAUCUUGUUAUCAAAGAGACCUGGCAAUCUAGAAGAACCAUCUAGGCCUGGUGUACCUGGUUCUCGAUAUAGGAGAUCCCGCAGGCCACCAGGAAUGACCUCAACUGGCGGGACAUCCGGUGAUUGCGAUUCCCGUACAUUUAAUUCAAGCUCAAACUCUAAUACUGCUACAGCAUCUACUAGUGCUGCUACAGCAUCUACGAGUACUGCUACAGUAUCUACCUCAAUUCCCUCUAAGCCAAAAUCAGAUCCUCGUGGUAAGCGUCCAAUGGGAAGCUAGAGUUAGAUGUAUUUAAAAUUUUGGGCAUUCUUUGUAUAAUGUAGGUGUAUAUCAAAUUUAGUGUGUAAAUGCUAAGGGAAGUUGUUAAACAUGAGAGUGUAAGAUAGUCUUGAACCUUGCUUCUUUAACUUGACAUAGUCUUGAACCUUUCUUCUUUAACUUGCACAUAUUUGAAAGUGCAUUUUCACGAAA